AUGCAGCUGCGCGGGGGCCCCCAGGGCUCCCCUGCAGCAGCAGCAGCAGCAGCAGCAGCAGCAGCAGCAGCAGAGGUGCGCGUGAAGGCCGGGGACCUCUCAGUGUCUCUCAGAGAUGCAGCAGACGGGGAGGAGAUCGGGGAGGCGACGAUCCCAGCUGCGGAGUUGGGGAUCGGGAUCGGGGAUCGUCCCCUCCGCGUCUCCGGCGCUGCUGCAGCAGCAGCUGCAGCAGCAGCAGCCGCCGGAGGAAGUGACAGCAGUGCUCUUCGCCCCCGUGAAAACCAAAGAUGGAACUGA